UUGAACCGGGGCGCCGAAGGGGCCGCGGUACGUCUUGCCGCUGGAGUCGGGUGUGGGUCUCUUCGAGCCAUGGAGGGCGAGCCCCUGGGGGAGGACGCGCUGCUGUGGCAGCUCCGGGACAGCCGCCGCCGCUUCCAGACGCGCAUGCAGCGGCUGAUAGAAAAGUACAACCAGCCCUUCGAGGAUGCCCCGCUGGUGCAGAUGUCCACGCUGACCUAUGAGACACCCCAGGGAUUGAGAAUUUGGGGUGGAGGACUAGUAAAGGAGAAAAACAAAGAACAAAUCCAGGACUCCCCGGUGAAGACUUUCGAGGAUGCCCCAGACAGCAGGAGCGGCGGUGACCCCGCGGAAGCCGAAGCCCGAGGUCUGGCGCUUCCUGAGCCCAGCACACGAGUCCUGGGAGUGGAUUCAAAAAGCGGUGAUGAUGCGUCUUUGUGUCCGGAAGAUGUAGUCGCUGGGACCUUCAUGCCUGCAGAGCCCUGGAGCCCUUUGAAAAAUGAGUUACGAAGGAAGUACUUGACCCAAGUGGAUAUAUUGCUACAGGAUGAAGGGUGUUUAGAGUGUACUGGUGACGGAGGUGGAGAGGACGCACGCGUGACACUGACCCCUCCCCUGGCCUCGCCUGCCGGGCCUGCCCCUGGACGCCGUGGCCGUGUGUCCGGAGAGAGUCCUGGUGGCCCAGUGAAGCCGGCUUCACGCCCCUGCUCAGCAGACCUGGCCGUGGUGCCUAGAAGUGGCAGUGUCUCGUUACAAGGGACGGGGGGGCACAGCUUCUCAAGCAGCCUGUCCUUCGAGCCCGACGACAUCUGUGACGUGACCAUCAGCGACCUGUACGCGGGCAUGCUGCACUCAAUGAGCCUGCUGCUGAGCGCAAAGCCGUCCUGUGUCAUCUCCACCAAAACCUCAUUUGUCCUUCACAACUGGAGCUCGAGGAGGAGAUGCUCCAGGAGCAGAGUGAACAGGACUCAUUGCCGAGGCGGCAGGCGCCCUCACAGGGCUUCCCAGGAGAGGCUCCCAGUCCGUGCCGGGCCAGGGAGGGACAGGGGCGCCUUAAGAGAUUGUGAGAACAUACUGGACGCCUCUGGCCAGAAGACGGGUUUAAAACUGGACAAAGCUUUUCUCGAAGUAAACAAACCCCAAGUCCUUAAAUGGGGUCCCAGUUGGAAAGAGUUUGAGGAGUUAAGGAGUUUAACACCCCAGGGGCGUUCUUCAUUGCCUUAUGGAGACUCCCGUGCAGUGUGUCAUCUGGAUCAGAAUAGAUACAAGGCCUUAAAAUGGUUAAUUUCCCCUGUAAAAAUCGUUUCCAGACCAAGAAUACUCCCAGGCAAGCGAGGGAAUCAUUACAGGGAAAUUGAAAUCAGAUUUGAUAAGCUUCAUCAGGAGUAUUGCCCCAGUCCCCGGAAGCAGCCCGUCCUGACUUCCCUCCCGGAAUCCUCGGCCGUGGACGUGUACAGGGGUGGUCCAGCGAGCCCUCGUGGCCCCCGGGGCUUCGAAACCCGCAGGCUCAGUGGAACUUUCGGCACAGCAGAAGCUAAGAGGUUAAAUGAGGCCUUUGAAGAGCUGGGCGAACGAGCCGGGGGAGCAGGGAGAUGCCUGCAGAGAAGGGGUUCCCCUCCCCCGCUUCCAGAGACCAGCCCCGUGCAGAGCCCACGCCGCUCUGAGCAGACACUCCUUUUUCAGGGAAACAAUAGUCUUGGAAUACUUAGAAAGUCCGCCCCACCCAACAGACCUACUUCAGUAGCAGGGGUGCAGCCUCUAAGCUGCGGCCGAGAUCGUUACAAGGAAAUAAAAGAAAAAUUUGACAAGCUUCAUCAAAAGUAUUGCCAACAAUCGCCUCCGCGGACGAAGGCACUUUUGCGCGUUGGAGCAUGUCCAGAUAAAGCAAGUUUGGAAGUUCAGUAUCAGAGAGGCACCUUAGGAAAAUUAAACCCAGACUCUGGCUUCCAAAGUCCCCCAAAGCUGUCGGCGUCACCCCAGCAGAGCAUAGAACGUCCACUGCGCUUAACCGCCACCGAGGCUCAGCCAUUAACAUGCCUUGUGCUCACUGCCGCUAGGGGCCAUCGGUCCCCUCCAAAGAGACGCCGAUUAUCAGAUUCUGUGCUGUGUGGACAGUGGGCCAGUUCCCAGGAUUCCUCGAGAGUGGUGGGCCAGCCCAUCCCAAGGCCGGGGGAGAGGUCGUCUCCUCACAGCCCAGCUGAGAAAAAAAGGAAAGAACAACACGUCUUUCAACAUGGAAGAGAAAAGUGAUUUUGUGUUAGAAAAAUUCAAAGCUGGAGAAGUACAUAGCCAACUUCUUUUAGACUUUUGUCCCUCUUCUCCUUUACGUGUGUGAGUUUUUUGUUUUUUGUUUUAAUCCUCAAGAAUAUGUGAGACUUGGCUUCACUUCCCUGCCCUUCAAAGCAAAUUUCCGUGAAAUUGGUCCCAUUGAAAUGACUCUGAGUUCUCGGUAUCGAAAUUAUUUGAAUAAAGUUGCUCAAUUAAAAGUU